AAACAUACUCCUCGGACAUGGUGAGCGUAUGUGUAUGAGGAACGUCGGAGAGCAAUUCAAGGGAUCCGACAAAACAUGUGAUCAUUUUGUGCCGCCAUCGAUUUUUCCCCUUUUUUACACGUCGUCCUCAUACUACAUAAUAAUAAUAUGCACAUCUACAUAACCCUCGCUCACCAAAACAAUCUUACAGAAUGUGCCGAACACACCGGGGAAUCACUGUAUACUCACAGCGCUCUGUCUGAUGCCAAUCAUUUCGCCUAAAUUACUGGUUUCUGGCGAUCUGCGCUUGCCUCGAUACAAGGAAGACGGAUGUCUGCUCCCUUCCCGCAGACAUGUCAAAUCACUGAAAAUCCUGAUAUAGCUGGUAUCGGAGUUCGUCUUUCAAUUUACAUCCCAGCUAUACUGGUGACAUUGAACUCUGGCUAUGUUGCAGCCCAAGUUUGCGUAGAUGGGCUCACUGGGAAGCUGUCUGAAUACUUCAGCUCUGCAUCACUUAGGCCUUCGUCGGAAGAUAGUGAUGAUAGUGAUUCCAACUCUCCUUCCGAUAUCGAACUCGUUGACCUCGAAGCAGCAGCUCAACCGUCUCAGUCCUCUUCUUCCAUUGGAUCUGACACAUCUUCUUGGUACAGCGACGGUACGAAUGAACGUAAUUUUGAAAGAACCUCCCGUGGAUACCUCAACUACCUCUCCGACCACCCCCACUACUUCGAAUCAAGCAGGUCCCUCGAACGAUCUCUCUUCCUCGUCGGUUCCGCGAUCAUUGUGAGCGCUUUCCUUGACGCCCGACGGGUCACCUCCAAUAUUGGUCUCCCUCCCUAUCAUGCCCUGCUUGUCCUUAAUCUGUCCCUCCUCAACAAUCUUGCUGGCUCUAUUUUACUUCCGUUCCGAAUCAUGGCAGUUUGUGCUGAAAUGUGGUUCGGUGACAGAGAGGAAGAGGAUGUAGUAUUGCCAGACUCGCUUUGGAACAUAGCCGUGUUCAUCGACGUUUUUGGCCUUGCAGUGUUACAGACCUUGGUUAUCAUUGCGUUCGGGAUCUGGUUCUGGGUGUCGACAACGUUCUUUCAUUCGUUUAGCGGAUAUAGCAUGACCGUCGACAAAUUACUAUCUUCGGCAUCAUUUAAUUCAACUAUUGCCGCUUCGUCCAAUGGACCUUCAGAUCCGUCACAGUGCCUCUCUCAAACAAUCUACUGGGCUUUCCGCAACGUUCCCGUCGAAUCAACCCUCUCUCUACAGAUAAUCUCGCUCAUCUUUUACAUUGGGACCGCCGUUUUUCCUAUUUUUGGUCCAUUCGUUUACGUCGUGCCCACCGUCGUAAUCAUUCGGUCUGUACCAUUGGUUCUAGCAGUGAUGCUUUCAGCAGUCUCCACCAAAUUCAUCUUUUUCUCAAUCGUGAUCUCGAAUUUGUCUACUGUCCUGUACUUGAUCAUCUCCACAGAGAAAACCAUCUCAAUCAACUCUGCUUCGAGGUCAGGUCCAGUCGUGGUCAGUGGUAAACAAUGGACUUAUGGACAGACUUUGGCUCUGUUGACUACGGUUAUCGGGGUGCUGAUGUAUGUCGCGGAGCUGGUGGGACAAUGGAAAGAAGUUUUGCUCCAACGUCGGAAGCGCCUGCAGGAGCGGGAAAAUGAUGAAAACGUUGUUCAUGUCGCUGGCGAUGUUGACGACCCAAAUGGGAAGACUCAGACUGGUAAUGAUGACAAGAUGUUCUCUUGGACCUCGACUGGUACUCGGAGAAGGACAUGUAAUCAGAGGGAGAGGGCUAAUAGCAUUUGACUUGUGGAACUUCCUGUGAUGCAAGCUGCAA